AGUUCCCAGGCCACCCUCCAGUGCACCGUCUGCAGCAAGCGCUUCCCCUUGCAGCGCAUGCUGAGCCGCCACCUCAAGUGCCACAGCGCCGUCAAGAAGCACCUCUGCCCCUUCUGCUCCAAGGGCUUCAACGACACCUUCGACCUCAAGAGGCAUCUCAGGACUCACACAGGCAUCCGUCCCUACCGCUGCUGCGUCUGCGAUAAGGCCUUCACCCAGCGCUGCUCCCUGGAGUCCCACCUGAAGAAGAUCCACAGCGUCCAGCAGCACUACGCCUACCGCGAGCGCCGCUCCAAGCUCUUCGUGUGCGAGGAGUGCGGCUUCACCGCCAGCGCCGGCGAAGAGUACUACGGCCACGUGCGCCAGUGCCACCCCGCCGGCGGCCUUGUGGGCAAGGACUUCCAGCCGCCCCUGGCUUCGCCUGCCCUGCGCAGCGAGUUCCGCGUCUUCUAUCCUUCUCCCUACUGUGGAUGA